AUGGCUACAACCAUUCUUCCAAUUCCUUGGCACAGUAGUCCAGUUCUUUACCAAGUUGUAUCCCGAAGCAGUAGUGAACAAAUGAUUCUUGAAGCCAAAGACUUUUUCAUUGUUGGUCCUGAUCGUGGCGAGUUACAGUGCAUCGUGCUCGAUCAAUGCUCCACGAAUAUAAAGUCAGGCACACGAGGCUUCGACGGUCAACUUCUGUCGGUUAAGGACUUCGUCUGGGUGUACUCUUUAGAACCUACGACGGAGGCUGUUCAGAAACCGUCAAAUGUUCUUGCAAGAGCACGAGCGCAUAGAACAACCGCUCUGGAUACAUCCGUACCCUAUUUCUUUCGGGUACGUGAAUUUGUUUUCGUUACUCCUCCGAAAGCCACUCAUUAUGUGUACGGCCUCGUAGUAGAAGACAGAAGCGAGAACCUGACCUCAUAUAAAGUCGUUUUCGAAAGCGUACCCGAGGUAGUCACUGUUCCGCCCGAUGUUUUUCAAUUCCCAACGCAGAAUGUUAAAAAGUACGAUAUUGUUCUUGCGGAGACUCGCGAUAAUGUCUCCACGGCGAUUCGCUUCUCGGAAUCACCAGUAUCGGUGGAUGAUCAGCUUGCUCUGUGUAAUUUGGUUCGGGAAUUUAUCCCUUCCCAUCCACAAGAAGGACUGUUGCCUUUGAAAAUUUUUGACAUUUCUCGUGAAGACAGGGAGUGGAUUGACGAUCGCAUCGGUAAAUUCAUGAACUACUCAAAGGAUCCGCAAUUAGCCCACAUCAAGAUGACACAGUUAUUCAACGUAGCCGUUUCUUUUUUGUUCGCUUUUGAAGAGAUGGAUGACGACAAAUCCACACGAAGGGUGACAGCCACUGUGUUGAGCACAAGUGCUUUCCCGGUCCGUUUUCUUUUCAAAUUGAACUCGAGCACAGAUUCCGGGUGGAAUUCGCAUCGCACUGCUUUUCUGUGGAUUAUUGGUUCUGCUUCUGUUGUGAGCGCUCGAGUGGAAAGCAUCGAAUCUAACUUCCACGACGGCACCAUUUCCAUUCAGCUCGUCGCACUACCACGCUUUCAUCAUUCCCUCAUGAGAGCAAUCAGUAGGUACAGUUGGGAAGAGAAUGGCAGGUUGUUUAUUGAAAUAUGCGUCAAAUUAGAUCGCCUUCCUGGGUCGACAGUUCCUGUACUCCAGAUCGUCUCGCAAAACAAACUUUUCGAUAACAUUUCAAGAAAUGCCAAAUGUCAAGCUGCGCAGGUACUUGAUGCCGUCUACAAUAAUUUUUCUGAACAUAAAUUCGUCGAUGUUCGAUUGCACGACGAACGAAGAGAGGAACGAACUUCCCUUGAAGGCAAAUUAUUCGCGCUUCAUCCUGAUCAGUUAGCUGCUAUUCGGCUUGGAUGUGGAAAUCAUCCCAUUGUUGCAAUUCAAGGCGGGUACGGAACUGGAAAGACCUUGGUUGCUGCCUUAAUAGCUGCAGAAUGUGCGCGCCAACGCAAAGGUUUUGUUGUCGUUCUUGCAACAUCGAAUGGUGCCGUAGCACAAAUUACUAACACCAUUUUGAGACUCGAUCAAUACAAAGACCUAUCAGUGCUACGCUACGUGCACGAAACUCUGUGUUCUGAAAAGAAUUUCUCAACCGACGUCGAUAUGAAUAACAUUCUUAAACGCCUUUCUGAUGACUAUGCUCAACGUUUAGCGCCGGAGGACCUGAGAAUCUGCCUACGGUUCAAAGAAAGAAGUAAACUACUUGAAAAGUGCUCAACUGUAUCGGAAAACGUCUUACUGCAAUCUCCUAAUGAACAGAGGGGUUGCAGUCAAGCAGUGAAAGAGUUGGUCAACGAUUUGCACACCGUUUUUCGGCUCAUGUUUGCCUUGCGGACACCAAAUAUAAUAUGUAUGACAGUGUCAGCCCUUCUGGGAGCCACAGAGGAAAAGGGCAUGCUUUAUAAUCAUCUACAGGAAUGUCACACCGUCAUAGGUGACAAUGCUUCACACAUUCCUGAACCGGAUUUUGUGGCUAUUGCAAAUUGCCUGUGUAACGCCAGACAUGUCUACGUUGGGGACACGCACCAGCUCAGACCUCAUAUAUAUUGUGAUCGCAAUUCUCUCCCAGUAACACUUGGUGCACGGGGAUUAUUGGAACUUCUAAUAGAAAAACAUGUCCCCACUGUCUCCAUGUUCACAACAUUCAGAACUCAUCCAGAGCUGGCUGAGUUUCCUAAUGAACUCUUCUACGAAUAUGCUCUCAUUGACGGUGUUUCCGAACAUGAAAGGCGUUUAUUCCUCGAACAUAUCCGUUACGAAAACUCAGAUUUACCGUUCCUUUUUGUGGAUAUUCCUGACCAGUCACGUCUUCCGCAAGGUGGAUCGCGUUUCAAUAACGAUGAAGUGAAAAGCUGUUGUGAUAUUGUCACAUCAUUAUUGGCAAAAGGAAUCCCUCCUGAAUCCAUAGUGAUUCUUGCUCUUUACAAAGAACAAACUCAAAGGCUCAAACAGUUCGCCAAAAAGCAUUCCGUCGACCUGUUCAGAGUGGGUGCAUUCCAAAGUCUUGAAAAAGAUAUUGUCAUUCUGCUCACUUCAUGGUAUUUCCCUGAUGGUGAAGUCAACGUUGAUUUCCUCAACGACAGUCAUCGUAUCAACGUCGCUUUGACUCGAUGCCGCCAUGGGCAGUUUGUCCUUGGUAGCAAGCGAUUCCUUAGCGCACUCAGCAAUUGGGCCCCGGUUAUCCGAUGGGCUAGGCUUCGGAAUGCUGUGAUCGACAGAGACGAUUUACAACGUGUUCUCGCAUGA